UUGAAACUCUCGUGCAACAUUUCGAAUUAUUCAGUUAAUUCAGAUCUUUUGCCACAGAAAGUUGUAUAUACACUAUUAUGUGGCUGUUUGCGUUUUUCGCCACAAUUGGAAUUUUAGCCAACACAAUAAAUGUGACACAGGCGAAAUUUGAUUAUAAUUGCAAUCUUACUGCAAAGGGAAGUCCAAAAUUUCCGGAUAGUUUUAGUUUUGGUGUUUCGACGGCAGCUUAUCAAAUUGAAGGAGCCUGGAAUGAAGAUGGCAAAGGUGAAUCAAUUUGGGAUGAUUUUACACACAAAUUCCCAGAAAAAAUGGAUGAUCGAUCGAAUGGUGAUAUAGCGGCUGAUUCAUAUCAUCGUUUCGAUCAGGAUUUAGCUGCUUUGAAGGAGUUAAAAGUAACUCACUAUCGUUUCUCAAUUGCAUGGCCAAGAAUCUACCCAACUGGUGACAUAUCAUCAAAAAAUCAAAAAGGAAUCGAUUAUUACAACAUGGUUAUCAACAAGCUAAUUGCAAAUGGUAUAGAACCAUUGGUAACAAUAUUCCAUUAUGAUUUACCUUUGGAAAUUCAAAAGAUUGGUGGCUUUGCCAAUCCUUUGAUCAUAAAUAUGUUUGUUACCUAUGCUAUUGAAUUGUUUGAAAAUUUCGGCGAUCGAGUUAAAAUAUGGAAUACAUUUAAUGAACCUUUUGAUUAUUGUAAGCCAGGAUAUGCAGAUGCCAAUUAUCCUCCUCAGGUAAAUGCCCACGGUGUAGCUGAUUAUCUAUGCAUGGAUCAUUCUUUGAAAGCACAUGCUGCAGCUUAUCGAACUUAUAAGACUAAAUAUUAUGAAAAACAACGUGGUAAGGUGGGAAUUACGGUGAGUAGUCGAUUCUUUUUCUCGCAUACAAAUGAUCAGGAAGCGAUUUCUCGAGGAAUGCAAUUCAAUUUAGGAUUCCUGAUACAUCCUAUCUUCAGUAAAACUGGUGGAUACCCUCCAGCUAUGGUUGAAACUAUCAACAGAAAUAGUUUGAAAGAAGGAAGGGUAUCAUCUAGAUUGCCAAAACUUGAUGGAAGAUGGAGAGAAUUAAUUAAAGGUUCUUCUGACUACUUGGGUCUUAAUUAUUACACCUCGAGGUAUAUUAAACGAGCAAGCAAGCCAAAUGGAGAAAAUCCUUCAUGGGAGAGGGAUUACGAUUCAGAUGCUUAUCCAGAUGAGACAUGGGUAAGAGGGAAACCGGAUUGGCUGUAUUGUGUUCCUGAAGGACUUGAGGGCAUUUUAAAAUACAUUCGUGAUCAUUAUGGCAACCCAGAAGUGAUAAUAACAGAAAACGGCUGGUCCGAUGAUGGUGAUCCAGAAGAUGAUGAUCGUAUUCAUUUCAUUAAGGCACAUAUGCAAGCAGUAUUGAAUGCUGUUAAUGAUGGUUGUAAUGUUACAGGUUAUACCGUUUGGAGUUUACUUGAUAAUUUUGAAUGGCAAAAAGGAUACACCCACAAAUUUGGACUCUAUGCUUUGAAUAUUACAAGUCCAAGUAGAGAACGUACUCCCAGAAAGUCAGCAAAGUAUUAUAGAAGAGUAAUUGAAACAAGAACCCUUCCAAGUAUUUCUUAAAUUAUUUAAAAUAUUU